AGUUGGCAUGUCUUAUCGUUUUGGGUUCAUUCUCACUAGCCGUAGGUUUUGUGAUAUAUAAUACGCCUAUGUGAAUGUUUAGUGUUUUCUUUAGGGUGUUAUCACGAUGCCCGGGGAGAACCACGCUAAAACGACGGGAAUUUCGUCAGAUGUCACCGGAGGAAUUUGUCAGAAAUGCACUGUUUUACAUCAGAAUUUAAAGGAAUACGUUACGGCAUUGCCGAUACUGGAGCGAAAGAUAAUUGACACAGACCAUCUGUUAACUGAAUACCAAGAGAAAUGUGAUGAGCUUCAGAAAUCUCAAAGGGAGACCAGCAAACUUCAUCAACAGCUGGAUGAGCUGCUGUUGAAAAUGGUCCCAUUAGAGAAACACAUGGAGGAGAGGAAGGCAUUGUGGUCUGAGCUGGAGGAAAAGAAUAAGAUCCUAAAAAUGUAUCAGCAAACAUCUGUGGAACUCGGCAGCCUGAAGGAAGAGAGUGCCAAGUCACUUGCUUUGAAUAAGCAGCUUGAAAAUCAGCUGAAAAAGCUUGAAGAUUCCACUGUCAGGCAGAACCAUGAAAUUAUAGAACUGAAAAUGGAGAAAAAAAAGCUGGAAAAAAAUCUUCAUAAAGCCCAGAAACAUCUUGAAAAACUGGCAAAGGAAAUACAGAAAAACCCAAAGACUAUUUCUACUCAAACAAGUUUUCCUGAGGAACAAAAAAUUGAUAAAGCUAAGGUCAAGUUGCUUUUUGAAGAACUUUGGAAGUGCAUAGAACCUCUGUCAUCACACACUACAGACCCACCUUUCUCUUCUGGGUACAGCAGUGGGCUGACAGAAGUCCCUCCUCAUUCACAGUCAUUGUUAUUGACAACUGCGUUGACACAGCUGUACUCGCAGCCAGUAACACACACACAACUGUCUAUAGAUCUUCCCUGUGAGUCAUCAGUCUGUCUCAACAAGUCUGUGAAGCCAUUUCCUAGCACUCUGCAUAAUCAAGGAUUACCUGAACCUACAAACACUGGAACAAGUGAGAAGAAAACCAGAGUUUUGGGAGGCCAUGUGAAAGACGGCAAUUUGCAGGUUAUAGCACAUGAAAAUGUCAGUGCAACAUCACCUUGUGGAAACCAUGGACAGAAGGUGAUGAAGAUAUUAGACUGGUUCAGGCCUUUACCCCAGCUUCUCUCUCCAGUGUCACCACAGGAAGUGUUAUUUCAAGACCUGUCUGAUUCAAGGGAUCAUGAGGAGAAUGCCAGAUGUGAUGGAAAUGACCUGAAGAUGACCAUCUGCUCAGAAAUGGCAAAUAACAGUCUUAUGAGAGGAACGACAUACCAAUGCCCUGAGCCUGCAGGUCUUCAGCACUAUAAAUUGGCAGCUAAGCAGGCUACAGACACCAUGGUGAUGGCAGCCCCAGCUCACCAAAACACCCUCCAAACUACAGCGUUUGCUGCUAAAGCAAAGAAAACAUGUCAAAAUUCAGGCAGUAAAACUGUGCCUCCUUCAGAAAUUGAAAUCUGUGAGCACAGGACCAAGAAGUUGGCAAACACUGCUGAAACCACUGUGUCCAUGUCAGAUGAAAGCAUGGUGGAUAUGUCGGCUGAGUCAUCCACUCAUUCUUGUGUUACAGUGUCUGUAUUCAGUGGUGUAUCAGCAGAACUGUCUGUGUCUGAAAAUACUGCCUCCUUCAAAAAUUCAUUCCUAAAUGCUGAUGAUCGAGCUGAGAAAACGUCAGUAAAUGAAAAGGAAAUCAAUAUUAAAGAUGAUGUUUGUGAGAAUGCAUUGCCAGUGUUCCAGAAUGGAAACAAAGCAGAAGAACAGAAGGGCAAUUGUGACACUCCACCCAGCACAUCCAUACUAAAACCAAAACCAUCAACACCCAUAGAGAACAUGACUUGUCAGAGCAGUGAGGACUUGGAAGUUAAUGAAGACACCAGUGCACCUUUUCAAACUCCCCUGGGUUUUGGUAAUUUGGAAGACUCGUUUUCAAAUGGUUUCCCCCAAAAACAGGUGUCAGAUGGAACUGAGAGACAAACUGCCCAAAGCACAUUAAAUUACAUAAUCAAAGAUGAUACUAAAACUGAACAGGCUGUGUCAAAAGUCAUAUCUGAUGUGACUUCACAGACAAAUGAAGUUGGUACAGUAGCAGAAGAGUUUGAUGAAGCUAAAGCUGUACAUUUUCCUCAUGAAAUGAUUAGUUGUACUAAGGACAGUUUUCAAGUUAGUGCUGGUGAAGUAGACUUUGGACAAAUCAAUUUGCCUUUAAAAUCUACUAAUGAUGAAACCGAUAAAGUGAAAAAACAAGUCCAAGAUGGUUCACACAUGGAAAUUCCUGCCUCAACAGAUACCACUUUGACUUCAGGGUUUGGGUUAGAAUUAGGAUUAACUACCAGUGAACAACCAACAAGAGAACUAAGUCCUAAAGAAGAACUGCACACUGUGGAAAUCGUUUACAUUGAGUGUCCAUCAAAAUUGUCCAAACAUGAAAAAUCUUGCAAAAAGGCGGCAGGAAAAACAAGUGAGCUAGAGGUGACUACUUUCACAUCACAUGAAGUUGGUUGUUUAAAACAAAUAGACUAUGGACCUGCUGAGAGGAUACAGAUAACAAACCCAAGCAAAAUCCUUACAGCGCGCACUGAUGAGGAUGAUGUCAUGAGAAUGAAUGCUUAUUGCAGUGAUGUGAAUCCUUUUGUCAUAAAAACAGGAUUGUCCCCUUUAGAAUUUCCAACAGAUGAAGACAAACUGGAAAGAUGUAGCUCAGAGGAUCCUGCAACACACAGAGAGUCAUCAGAUGAACAGGAGAGUUUUGUACUGCAGCGAAAAGUGAAAACAACCUACCAGCGUGCUGGAAGUCAAGCCUCUAUUAAGACUGAUAAUGGUGUAAUUAGGACUGGACAAAAUUCAACUGAAAAUCAUACAGCACCAGGGAGAAGUCACUGUAGCUGCUCCUCUAUCACAGCUUUGGAUCAUUUGCCAUCCUAUGACUCGUCUCAUGUGAAAAUGGAUUUAUCUUUGAAUAGUGUACAAUUGGAAGAUAAUGGAGACAAUGAUGUCCCAAUACAAAAAACCUUUACAGGGUUGUCAUGUUGUGAGAGUAAAAUUGUAAAUGAUCAUCAAUAUCCCUUUAAGGAGAAGCUUAAAGAAUAUACAACCGUAGUAAAUCAGUCCCAGAAAAUAACAGGAGAGUGUAUUGUCACUUCCAGGGUGUCCGCAGUGUCAGUUGCAAAAACUGGGCCACAUUUACAGAGAACUGAUGGGAGUACAGUCAGCCACAUUACUCAAGAGUUCACAGAUGAAAAACUUGAGGACAUGAGGAAAACUUUCAACAGUGAGAAUAUUAGGCUGUUUCCCAUGAAUAGUGACCAGACUUUUAAGAAUCCAGCUAUUCCCAGCCACAACAGGCAACAUUCUGGUAAUGUGCAGGAGAGACAAAUGGUAAAAUUGAAAGAUGAGCAGCUCAUUUUAACUAAUGCACCAGUGUUGGAUACUGCAGAUACUUCAACCCCCAUAAAGUCUCCAGAGUCUAUAAGGACAGUUCGAGUGGAAAUGGGACCACCACUUCCUCCAUUACUUCACCCACUGACUGCUACUCCUCCAAGAUCUGAGAGGCUUGAAUCCAGGAUAAUUCCUGGCAAGUUGUCAUUUCCUUCCCCAUUAAAUGAAUUGAUAUCUCCCCUUCUGGAAACUCCACUCAUGUCACCACUCUCAGAUGGGUCAAAGGAGAAGUAUUUCACCACCCCAUCCCCUUUGGAUGCAAAACAAAGGGUUUUUCCUUCUCCAUUGCAGUUUUGUGCAAGAACUCCAAAACAUGCUCUUCCUGUUCCUGGGAGACUUCCGCCUUCUGCAUCUGCUGUAUCCAGUUCAGUCCCUAGCACUACCCAAGAGAACUCUGUGACAAUUCUGGACUCGAUGUACCCAGAACUCUCUGCACGUGCACGGACUCUGAACAUUCUGCGUGGGGCUGUUAAUCUCAGUAGGCGUGCUUCGGAUAGCGGAAGAUCAGUACCUGAUUCUGAUGAACAGAUAGCCAGAUUCAAGGCUAUUGGUCUUUCCACGGCUUUCACUAAAACUGGAAAAGCCGUUGAAUGUGAAAAUAGUAGGUUUGACCAAUCAAUAGAAAAUCUUAAUCUGUCCAGAGAGAGUUUAAGAGAUGCUGUAGGUCAAACGAGAAAGAGAAUUGGAGUGAAUGUACGUUUACCGAGAAGUGCAAAAAAGGCUCGAGUGGACCGUGGCUCACCUGUCCUUGCAAGCAUUUCUUUCCCUGAAAAAUCUGAAGAGCUUAUUCAACAGGAUCUUUCAGAGAUCAAGGAGGAUGUUCGACCUAAUGAAAUUUAUGGUAGAAUGCAAAUGGGCAGUACUGCAAGCAGUUCACUGAAUGCAAUAUCAGAAGCAUUGACUAAAAUUGAAACAUCUUGCUUUGAUGUGUUACCUGUAAUUCACAGCCAUGUGAACAUUGGGAGAGUUUCAAAUGUGCCAGUGCUGAGAGAUGAAGAAAAAGAGGUCAUCCAUGAGUUCUGUGUGGUGAAUAAGCUCUUAACAGAUGAUUUAUUGUCUGCCAUCCAAAUGAAGAUGAAGACAGAGAAAACAACCCUAUCUGGGAAUCACAUGCAAGCUCUCUGCAGAGUAUACACUGGAAUUUGUCGGCAGAGAGGAGACUGGGAAAGAGCCCAUCUCUUUGCUUAUAGCAUCUUGAAAGAGGAUUUUCCAGACUCAGCAAAGCUGAUUCUGUUCAUGGUGACUACCUGGAAUGACAUCCUCUUACAUACAAGUGUUGGAAAUAGAGCCAUUCAUGCAGUGGUUAGGCUGAAGGCCAGUGGAGAGGUGCUGCACUGUUUAGCUGAAUAUCUUGGCUGGAAAAUGAAUCCCCCCUGUGAGAUCCAGAAGUUGAUAGCACUCACACUGGCUGCACUGAAAACAGGAGUGCAGAUGAAAUUCAUACAACAUGAUCGCCAUGGGGAUGACCUGGAUCCUGCUGCUUGGGAGUACAUAUUCACUCUGGAUCUCCUUUGUUCUCAACAGGGAUGGAAAUGGACACAUGACAAUGUGAUAUGCAAGGAGCUUUGGCCCAUAAUGAACCAAUGGGUUUUGCAACCACGAUCUCAGCAGAGGCCUGUUCCAGAUGUUUCAGUAGCAUCUGUUCUGAGAUUAAUUGGACGCCUUGGUCAAUUGGGGAUUAAACAGAAAUCUAUUGGAUCUGUACGAAAUGUCGCUAAAGUUAUGAACAUGUUUGGCAGACAUGGAAGAGCAGAAGGUGUGCCUUGGCCAGUGCAGUUAGCUGCCAUCUACACCAUUUAUGACCUGUCACCCAGCAACCCCAAGGAGGCCCUGCAGGCUCUGGCAGCUUGGCGUGGGGAAGCCAAUCAGGCUGUACCCCCUGCUAUCACUAGCUGCAUUACGCAGAUUGGAUCCAUGUGUCGCUAUAUCAAAUCAUAAAGGAUUCUUCCAAAAGUAAGCAUUUUCAGGGCUGAAACUCUGUUUCAUUGCUGACUAGAGGCUCUUCCAACUAUGUGCUGAAAACCUCACAGAAACAAGAUAGACCAUAGUUUUUAGGACUCCAACUAAUGUUUUGUUAGUAAGGGAUACUUCAGCUAAGAAUGUGUGUGUAUAUAUACUGUUCCAGUCUCUCAUCUGGGAGCAAUGUUUUUUGUGUAUUGCACAUAAAAUUGAUAAGCCAUGUUUGAAUAGGCAUAUUGUAAAUGUUUUAUAUGUUUGAUGUUAGUGUAUUUGUUCA